AUGACCAUAAAAGAAUGCAUUCAUCUUCCCACCGAGAUCCAUUCAUCAGGUUUUUGGAACUACUUUCGUUCUGGGACGAUUCCUUCUACACUGCCAUUGCUCGAGCUUCAGAUGGUUGUUAUUUUCGCCAUCACGCGCUUCACCCAUUGCAUUCUUAAGCCGUAUGGAAUCCCUGAAUUCACCUCACAACUUAUUGCUGGCAUAAUCCUCGGUCCUUCAGUCCUGGGGCGCCUCGGAAUAUUCAAGGUUUUGUUCUCGGAUAGAAAUCAAGAAAUAGUGGCAAUGAUAGCUACCUUUGGUCACGUACUCUUUACGUUUAUGAGUGGGGUGAAAAUGGAUGCGGGAGUGAUAAACAGAGUGGGAAGAAAAUCCUUGUUUGCUGGUAUUGCCUGCAUAAUGUUUCCUUUGCUAGUUGGCUUCACAGUCCAAGUGACACUAAGAAGAUAUUGGCUAACCGCAGUAGAAGCGACUGGCCUUCCAUUUGAAACAGCACUAAAUUGUCUAACUCCAUUUCCAGUGGUAGUAUACCUUCUUGAGAGCCUCAAGAUCCUGAAUUCUGAACUGGGACAAUUAGGCCUAUCUGCAGCAUUGGUCAGUGACAUUUUUGGCUCCUUUCUUCUCUGGCUUGCCUCAAUGGCUAAAGUUAGUCGGGAGAAAGGCAUGAUGGGCGCGGCGAUAAGUGCAUCAUCAAGCAUUACCUAUGUUUUUGUCGUUGUGUUUGCUUUUCGACCGGCAAUGUUUUGGGUAAUCAGGCAAACACCCGAAGGCAGGCCUGUAAAACGCACACAUCUUCAACUAAUCCUGAUGUUAAUGCUUUUCGCGGGAUUGCUUUCUCAGUGGUUCCAUGCGUCAUUCUUGUUUGGACCUUUGAUGCUGGGUUUGGCAGUGCCAGAUGGACCCCCUUUGGGAUCUGCAAUAAUCAGAAAGUUUUACUACUUCAAUCAAGAUGUGUUUUUGCCGCUCUUUGUGACUACAUGUGCGAUGAGGACAGAUCUGCGUUUGAUCAAAUUCAAUGACAGCUUCAUGACAUUCAAUGUACUGCUCAUUUUCUUCACUUUUUCUGCCAAAAUGAUUGCGCCUAUGGUUCCUCUCUUGUACACCAAAAUGCCCUUAAAUGAUGCUCUAGCACUCGCUCUCAUUUUGAGUUCCAAAGGUGAAAUCCACCUCGCCCUCAAUACCCAAUUCAGAGAUACCGAGCCGCAAGCAAUCCAGACGGGCCCAGCGCUCACUUUGUCAAAUAUCGCGAUCCUCUUGAAUGCAGUUAUUGCACCAGUUCUGGUGAAAUACCUGUACGAUCCUUCAAGGAAAUAUGCAGGCUACCAGAAAAGAAAUAUUAUGCACAACAAAAGAAAUGCAGAGCUCCGAAUCCUGGUCUGCAUUCACAAGCCUGAAAACAUUGUUGCGGCAAUCAAACUACUAGAAUCCUCAUGCCCUACUAGAGAAAGACCUCUUGGCAUUUACGUGCUUCACCUUAUAGAGCUAAUUGGCCGAUCCUCUCCUAUUUUUAUCUCCCACGAAAUGAAGAAAAAGACUCUGUCCAAAACAUCCGCUUAUUCAGAUAAUGUCAUCAGCGCCUUCAAUAACUUUCAAAAAAAUAAUCGAGCUGGUGUUGCAACAUACUGUUUCACAGCAAUCUCUCCGACCAAGUUCAUGCAUGAAGACAUCUGUACUCUCGCACUGGACAAGCUAGCUUCCCUCAUAGUACUCCCAUUCCACAGAAAAUGGUCGGUGGAUGGGUCUAUCCAAUCGGAGGAUAGUAGUGUAAGGACUUUGAAUAACAGUGUCCUUGAAAUUGCUCCAUGUUCUGUCGGAAUCCUCGUUGAUCGUGGCGGCCAUUCGAAGAGCUCUAAUGUUAUUGCAUCAAAGUCACCUUUUUCUGUGGCAAUGAUCUUCGUUGGUGGAAAUGAUGAUCGAGAGGCAUUAACUUUUGCCAAACGCAUGGCCAAUGAGAACAACAUCACCUUGACUGUGGUUCAUUUUGUUACCACCGACAGUGAAGAUAUUACAAUUUGGGACAAAUUGCUUGACAAUGAGGUACUGAAAGAUGUUAAAAUGAACAAUGUGGGUCAAGAAUAUGUGAUAUACUUAGAGGAGAGAGUGAAAGAUGGGCCUCAGACGGCAAUGAUAGUUCGUUCAAUGGUGGACGAGUACGAUCUUAUUAUAGUAGGUAGAAGAGACAAAAGUAAUUCCACACAGACAUCAGGGCUUGCAGAAUGGAAUGAAUUCCCGGAGCUGGGGAUUAUCGGAGACUUGCUGGCCUCCUCAGAUUUCAACAGCAAGACUUCUGUUUUGGUGAUUCAACAACAAAAAAAGAAGACCUAA